UUUUAUAAUUUUGGAUAACCCCUUUACACUUCUGAAGUCAGCCCUGUAUCCCUCCAAUGCAGUGUUUCCCAACCAGGGUGCCUCCAGCUGUUGCAAAACUACAACUCCCUGCAUUUUUUAUUUUAUUCUAUUAUCUCCUAAUAAAUCUAUAGAUAGACAAAUUAUUUGAGGUGGGGGUCCAUGAGGUUUUGCCCCCCCCCUCAUACAAUGGCACUGUGGGGUGGGGCAACGGGAGGGACCUGCAUGUGUCAAGGGAAUAGUGACUAUGAGGGUGUUAGGGAGAAAGAAGGUGUUCUGCCUGGACUAUAGUGACUAAUGGUUCGCAGUGCCACAAGGCGGAUGAGUAUCAGUUAGAGGGGUCCCGGUGCACUGGGGAAGGCGGAUGGUCGCCAAAGCCCGUUGGGUCAGAACAGAGAGAAAUUUUUGGGUGAAUUCAAGAAAAGAGGAAUUUACGGCGAAUUGUUCUCCUGCAGUAGGUGCCCAGUCAUGGAAUUCACAUCUCUGCCCGGCCACGAGCCUCUCAGCCAGUACCCAGAGCCCGCCAUCACCCAAAGCAACGAGGAAUCAGAUUUCUUCUACAGUCUGGGCAGUGACAGUAGCCCGUCACAGUAUGGAGGAGCCGUAACCAACCGCGAGGUGACAGCGUUCCGUCAUUCUUCAGUGCUCCAAAACUAUCCUUCUCACUGGGCAGAAAGCAGUCCUGUGUUUCCCCACAACCUGAGCACCUAUGGUAGAACUCCUAAUACAUUACCUCUGUACACAUCAGUAGCUUCCCCUUUAGGACCUCUUACUACUCCUCCAUUAUAUUCUCCUGUCCCCAUACUUCUGGGCACUGCGCCAUCAGCUGAACGUGAAGGGAGUCCUAAAUUUCUGGAGACAUUAAAAACGGAGAGGAUGAGCCCAAUGACCGGCGAUCUGGUGUCACUGGAAUCACGAAGCCCAAACAGUCAACUUAUGUCUCAGAUGGGAUAUCUCGGCUCUCCACAGGACUUCAAUAACAGUCUCUUCCAGCCAGCAGAAGAUCGCGAGUGCGUAAACUGUGGCGCCACGGUGACCCCGCUGUGGAGACGAGAUAUUAGUGGCCACUACCUGUGUAAUGCCUGCGGCCUCUACCACAAGAUGAACGGGCAGAACCGUCCGCUGAUCCGACCAAAGAAACGUCUGAUUGUCAGCAAGAGGGCUGGGACCCAAUGCAGCAAUUGUCAUACAAGCACCACAACCCUAUGGAGAAGGAACACGAAUGGCGACCCUGUCUGCAACGCCUGCGGACUGUAUUAUAAGCUGCACAAUGUGAACCGCCCCUUAACCAUGAAGAAGGAAGGAAUCCAAACACGGAACCGGAAGGUGAGCAGCAAAUCCAAGAAGAAGAAGCAGCAGAACCCGGAGGGUCUCUUCGAACCUCUCAGGAACAGCCCAGAAGAUCAGGCUAUGUAUCCAUUCGGACCCAUUUUUCUCCCUGGCCAGAUACCUUCUAUGGGACACUUGAUGCCGAUGCCCUGCUCGCCUCCUCCUCAUCAUCACCUGAUUUCUCCUCCAAGGAUCCCUCACUCGCCCCCACAUUAUAGACCUCACAUGGUCCCGGGGGUCUCGUCUGCUCUCAGCUAAACAGUGGGGCAACGGCUACAACUUCCAGCACAGACAUCUCCGCUUCUUCUCAGCAGGGAUGUGCAUAGACUCAAAAGGGGGCUUGAGCCCCUGUCCUUUCAAUGCACCUGCCCUCUCAAUGAUUGGAAACUCUGGAAACACUGUGGGGUCAUGCGGGUCCCAUUCAGCGGACAUGACUGCCGGAGGUCCCUUACCUCAGAAAUUGUGUUAAAGGGGUA